AUGGCGACGAAAAUGAUGCCCAUGCGCCCUGGCUCCAGUGCCAUCCGCUCCUUGUCCAGACGGAGACCCUCGUGCUCCCAGUCCUUCUCCUCCACCGCCCCUGCGGCAGCUUUGUCGCCGUACCGAAAAUCGCAAAAAACCACCACUGAGCAAUCAAGAAGACCUGCCACGACUGUUGCAGCUCAGGCACAAUCAACCAGACCCAUUCCCAGUCCUGCGUUCAACAAUGACUUCCGUCGGAAUGAACCAUCGCCGUUGGUCAAUAGACAGGUGCCUGAGCUUGACGACUCCUUCGUCGGUCUCAGCGGAGGAGAGAUCUUCCAUGAGAUGAUGCUACGGCAAGGUGUCAAGCAUAUCUUUGGCUACCCUGGUGGUGCCAUUCUUCCCGUGUUCGAUGCCAUCUACAACUCCAAACACUUCGAUUUCAUUCUCCCUAAACAUGAACAAGGUGCCGGACAUAUGGCUGAGGGCUACGCGAGAGCCUCGGGCAAACCGGGGGUCGUCCUCGUAACCUCUGGCCCUGGUGCCACCAACGUUAUCACGCCGAUGCAGGACGCCCUGUCCGACGGGACACCGAUGGUCGUAUUCUGCGGCCAGGUCCCGACCACUGCCAUUGGCACCGACGCCUUCCAAGAAGCUGACGUGGUUGGAAUCUCAAGAGCUUGCACAAAGUGGAACGUGAUGGUCAAGUCCGUGGCGGAAUUGCCCAAGAGAAUAAACGAGGCUUUCGAGAUUGCGACGUCCGGACGGCCAGGUCCUGUUCUUGUUGAUUUGCCCAAAGAUGUCACUGCAGGCAUCCUCAGGAGACCCAUUCCGAUGCAGUCAACCCUUCCUGCCCACCCAUCGGCCGCGACCCUGGCCGCGAGAGAGCUCUCCAGAAAACAGUUGGAGGGGACCCUCUCCCGCGUAGCUAACCUCAUCAAUGUGUCGAAGAAGCCGGUCAUCUACGCUGGGCAAGGUCUCUUGGGGUCUCGUGAAGGGCCCCAGCUCUUGAAGCAGCUCUCCGACAAGGCUUCCAUCCCAGUGACUACCACUUUACAAGGCCUUGGUGGAUUUGACGAGCUUGAUCCCAAAGCCCUACAUAUGCUUGGCAUGCACGGUGCGGCGUAUGCUAACAUGGCCAUGCAAGAAGCAGAUCUUAUCAUUGCCUUGGGAGCGCGGUUUGAUGACCGUGUGACCCUCAACGUCGCCAAAUUUGCCCCAGAAGCAAAGGCAGCCGCAGCUGAAAAACGUGGCGGUAUCGUGCAUUUUGAAAUCAUGCCCAAGAACAUCAACAAAGUUGUGCAGGCUACCGAAGCCGUUGAGGGUGAGGUGGCCACAAACCUGGCUGAGCUUCUCCCGAAAGUCAAUGUGGUCAAGGACCGACCGGAGUGGUUCGCACAGAUCAAGGACUGGAAGGAGAGAUUCCCACUGAGCAAUUUCGAACGGGGAACUCCUGAUGGUCUGAUCAAGCCACAAGAGUUGAUUGAGAAACUCUCGGACAUGACUGCGGGCAUGAAGGAGAAAACCAUUAUCGCUACCGGCGUGGGCCAGCAUCAAAUGUGGACUGCUCAGCAUUUCCGUUGGCGACACCCUCGAACUAUAGUCACUUCAGGAGGUCUGGGCACCAUGGGCUACGGCCUCCCAGCGGCGAUCGGCGCCAAGGUGGCUCGACCGGAUGCGCUCGUCAUUGACAUCGAUGGUGAUGCCUCGUUCAACAUGACCCUAACCGAACUGAGCACCGCCAACCAAUUCCAGAUCGGCGUCAAGGUGAUCGUGUUGAACAAUGAAGAACAGGGUAUGGUCACCCAAUGGCAGAGCUUGUUCUACGAGGAUCGGUUCGCACAUACCCAUCAACAGAAUCCCGACUUUAUCAAACUUGCCGACGCCAUGGGGGUACCAGCAAGGAGAUGCAUCAGACCUGCCGACGUAGAGGAGAGUUUACAGUGGUUGAUUAGUGGUAGCGGAGAGGGUCCGGCGCUGUUGGAAGUCAUCAUCGACAAGAAGGUACCUGUAUUGCCCAUGGUCCCUGCUGGUAAGGGGUUGCAUGAAUUCUUGGUUUAUGACGAAGCCAAAGAAAAGGAGCGAAGAGCUAUCAUGAAACAGAGAUCGGGUCAUUGA